UAUAUUUAUAAUUUGAAAGUAAUACGUUCGAAAAAAAAAAUCAAUUAAAAUUUGUCAAGCGGCUGUAAUUUUAAACGUACUCAUGGCAUAUAUAUAACACGACGGUGAUUAUACUGAAUAUACGAGCAAUAAAUUGCCCCGUGAAAUACAAUAGGGCAUACACGAGAGUAAAUUUGCCUUGAACAUGCAAAAAAUAAAAUAACGAAAAAUAAUGACAAAUUAAUUUGCAGUCAUUGCAAAGAGUACAAUAAUAAUUGACUAGGAAUUUAUUCAUUGCGCUAACGCUUUAUAGCCAAGACGUAUAAAGUUUAGAAACGAAUGGACGAGAAAAAAUUAUUUUUGUAAAACAUAAUAGUUUAUUCUAUAGUAAAAUAAAAGACAAAUGCGUGUAAAACUUAUAUAUUGGUUAGCGAAAAAAAUGUCGAAUCGCAUACAAUAGGAGAUUUAGAGUCGAUUUAUACAGUUUAACAGUUUGAUUUUUUUAAUCCCGGUCGGGCAAAAAUUUACCGCGUUCUGCGUGAUUUUUACCAAUCGAAAAAUGUGUUUCAAAGCGUAUUUAUUUUUUUGGAUUUUCGUUAUAGCUAUAUUUCUAUGGAAUUUACAAAAAGACUAUUGUUCGGCUUUACCCAGAGGCACUAGAAUGGUUAUUAGGUACGACAAAUUCGAAUGGGUCACAAACGACAAGUUCGGACGCGUCAACCAGGUUUACGUCAGUCAGUACAACGGCACCGAUUUCGCCAAUAUAAACAUGACGGUCGAUGUCGAUAUCGUUCUGCACAAGAUGACCAUGGACAUGAUAAGGUGCAAGGAGCACUACAUAGACUGCGUGAACUACAGGAGUUUCGAGGUGGCGCAAUUCUGCGGAAAAGAAAAAGCCAUACUGUUUUUCAUCAAAAUGGGGUACAUCAACCGCGAGUUGUUGUGCACGAUCGACAAAGUAAGGCGAUUUUACACCGCCGUUGACCCGUUAGCUAAUAGUUUUAAAUUAAAAUUUGAUUAAAUCGUUAAGUUAGUUUUGUUUAUAAUUUUAAUUUACUCGUUAGUUUUAAUAAUUCCGGCAUAACGACGAUGUUUUGUUUGUUUGUUACCCCCCCACACCGAUAAAGGGACUGCUGGUGAUAAAAAACGGGACGCUGAACGUGAACAACAUAGUCGAGGCGUUUGCUCUCGCUCUGGACAAGUGGUGGGAGAGCACGUGGAAAUGGGACUGUGUUUUUUUCUCUCGCGACGGACCUUACGUCGUGCAUUUGACCGGACAGCUCCGAUUUCUUCUGUUGAGCGGACGGAGGACUCGUAGACAUUAGAUAAAAAAUGUUAUCCAUAAAUUAUUAUUGUUGUUAUUUGUAUUUUGUUUUGUUGUAUUACUAAUGUAUUUUUCUUUGUUUGCAUAAACAAUAAUCAAAUAAAUUAAUAUACGAUUGACAAUUUUUUCGGAUUGAAUGAAUAAAUUUUAA